AUGAACAAAGUCCUAGGGAGCCGGCCGAACGGCAGAUGGGACUUUCCACGCAGACUCGAGCUUAAGGACUAUGACGAUGAGCAGCUGUGCCUCAUCCUCCUCCAGCUCGUUCGCCACAACUCGUUCACGCUUGAAGGUGGCGAGGACGGGCCCUUGCCUCGCAUUGUCGCGAAGCGCGUAGGCAGGGGCAGAGGGUCGACCGGGUUUGCAAAUGUCUACGACUUGAUUUCCGCAUUCGAGAGAAUGCUCGAUCGGCAGGCUGUCAGGCUUGACAAAGAAGGCUCACCCGAGGAUGAGGAGCUGAAGGCCAAGCUUUCUUUCCUGACAAAGGAGGAUAUAAUCGGGCCAGAGCCUGAGGACAUCCGCUCAACCAGCGAAGCGUGGAAGGAACUCGAGAAAAUGGCUAGGCUGGAGAACGUCAAGAAAGCCAUUGGCGAGCUUCUCACCCGUGCAAGAGCUAACUAUCACCGUGAGCUCCUCGGUAAAGAGCCGCUUCAGACCUCUCUUAACCGUGUGUUUCUCGGCCCUCCUGGAACAGGCAAGACCACUGUAGCCAAGCUAUAUGGCCGAAUCCUCGCAGAGAUUGGCUUGCUUUCAACCAAAGACGUCGUGUUCAAGACUCCGGACGACUUCAUCGGGCAAUUUAUUGGAGAGUCCGAGGUAAAGACGAGCCAGAUCCUUGAUUCGACAAUCGGAAAGGUGCUCAUCAUCGAUGAUGCCCACAUGUUCUAUCACGGGAAUCGAGCAGGCGCUGAUAGCGAGUCGGACAUCUUCCGCUUGGGCGUUAUUGACACCAUUGUAUCCAAGAUCCACAACAAGCCAGGGGAGGACCGCUGCGUCCUUCUGCUCGGAUACACAGACAUGAUGGAAGAGAUGUUCCAGAAGGUCAACCCAGGCCUAAGGAGACGGUUCCCGCUCGAAGAAGCGUUCCGCUUCGAGAGUUACAACGACGAGCAGUUGAGCAAGAUCCUGCGGCUCAAGAUGGCCGAGGAAGACAUCACUGCCAGCGACGAAGCCAUGGAAGUUGCGGCAGAAGUCCUCCGGCGCGCCAGAGACCGCCCCAACUUUGGUAACGGUGGCGACGUCGAAAACCUUCUCAACCAGGCCAAAACCCGAUACAGGGAGCAGCAGGAACACAUCGUCCUCGAGCGUGAAGACUUUGACCCCGAAUGGGACCGCGGCAUGCACGCCAGCAAAAAGUGCCAAGCUCUGUUCGAGGGUCUGAUAGGCUUCGAGACCAUUAUCGACAAAUUCCAAGGCUACCAGCGCAUGGCAGCCAACCUGCGGCGCCGGGGCCGCGAUCCUCGGGAGAUCGUCCCCUUCACCUUCCUCUUUAAAGGCCCUCCAGGAACGGGCAAAACGCACACGGCCCGCAUCGUGGGCCAGAUCUUCUACGAUAUGGGCUUCCUCAGUACCAACGAAGUCAUUGAGUGCUCAGCCAGCCACCUCAUCGGCAAAUAUGUCGGCCACACCGCUCCAAAGGUCAUCAACCUGUUUGAGCGUGCCUUGGGCAAGGUGCUGUUUAUCGACGAGGCGUAUCGUCUAACGGGCGGCGCGCGCGGGCCGGGUGAGGUCACCGGAUACGAGGCUGAGGCCGUCGGCGAGCUGGUCGACUGCAUGACCAAGCCGCGGUAUUUGCGCAAGAUGGUGAUUGUGCUGGCCGGUUACGACAAAGAUAUGGAUGCGCUGAUGCAGGUCAAUGCGGGGCUCCGGGGCCGGUUCGCCACAGAGAUUGUCUUCCCGCCCAUGAGCGCGUCUCGCAGCAAAGAGCAUCUGCUUAAUUUGCUGCGCAAGGAGGAAAUUGAGGUGAAGGAUACGGUCGAUCCCGGGGAGGAUGAGAAGGAGAAGGUACUGAGGCUGCUGCAUAAACUGGGCAUGACGGCUGGUUGGUCUAAUGGCAGGGAUAUCAAGACGCUGGCUUCGGUGAUUACGGGCAGUGUCUAUAAGGAUGCGACGCCGGAGGAGCUAGAGGCCGAAGGAGAGGGCGGCGGAUUAGCCAUGUUCAGAAUAUCAACGGCGCAGCUUAAUGGGCUUUUGAAGGAUAUGCUCAGACAGCGGAUUCGGAGCGGCGGAACGGGCAACUAA